AUGCCGGAAACCGUUGCAUGCCGCCCGUUAUUUACACAACCAGCCCAACCUGGUUCUCGAUUCCACGCGCUUCCGAGUUAUUCAACAAUCGCCUACGAUCAAGAAUCCUUUACCAUGGACCAUAUAAAUUCGAGUUCUGGACAAAGGUGGCAGAAAUCUGAAAUGAGACUGGAUCUCGGCGGAGCCAAUGAGCAUAUCAAACACCGUCGAACAAGAUCGGGUUGUUUCACCUGUCGCGCUCGCCGUGUAAAGUGUGAUGAAGCAAGACCAAUUUGCGAACGCUGCUCAAAGGGUGGUCGAAAAUGCACUUUCCCAGAUACAUCGAUACCGAAGAGCACCAGAGGCAAAAGGAAACAGUCAAGCACCUCCAACUCUGCUCAAGUGCCAGAAAAGAGUCCGUCUCCCGAGGAUCCAGAGUCAGACACCUAUUUUUCCGAUAUUCAACCAGCAGACAUCCGUUUUCUAAGUGCGUACCCUUUGGAUUCCACAAAUCUUGCUCGAUCAGCCCCCGGUUCAACUCGGUCACAAAGAAGCCUAAGUCCUAUUGGCAUAGUAUACGAUGGGGAGAGUUAUUCGGAGCCCCGCUAUCCACUGUAUACCCAUGAUUCCCGUUCCGAUUUAAUGAUUUCCGAUUUACCCAUUGAAAGACCGCUGGCGCAAUUAGCCCAAACCGAAUUCCCCCCCAACAAAUUCGACAUAGAUUUUUGGCUCCAAUAUCAUCGCCAAAAUAUCAAUUUCCGCCAUUACUUACUCAAAAGUGACUCCUCUGAGUUUUUCAACAACGUAUUGUUGUCAUACGCAUCGCAGAACAAUGCACUCCUUUACUCGGUUGUCGCUUUCUCUGCACUCCACUAUUUUAUCAACGAAGCACGCAUUACAGGAACAGAUCAGACAUCAUCGGCAGAAAUAUUUUUUGGGCUACAUGACAGAGCGAUUGUUUCCCUUCGGGAAUCAUUCCAAGAAAACCUGCCACCAGACGUAUUUACACUCCUUACAGUCCUUCAACUAGCGACCCUCGAAGAAUACCUUGGAGAUUGGGCAAAUUUGAUUGAACACCGCAAGGGAGCAUACAUGAUUCUGGAAUCUCUAUUUUCGCCGCAGUCGAUCCUUGACACAUCGGAGGGGUAUCCUAUUUUCUCAUGGUUCACCCGAAUAGACCUCAGUGUCUCUAUGAUUGCUGGGCUUUCUACAAUACUCGAUAUCGAAUGGUAUGACGCAGCGUAUGAUUCAUGCCGGACCCAGCUUGCUCAACAUCCUGACAACCUCUAUUGGUUGGCACUAAGCGCCGAGUCAUCUUGCCGCCGAAUUACUAUGCAAGUCGUAAAUAUCCUGCACGCGCGGUUCAGCGGAAUUUGCGACUAUGAGUCUUACGAACAAGUAUUGGUUGCCGCCUUGAAGGAUAUAGAGUCAUUUUGGAACCAGUUCUCCGACCUAGGACGUAGUCUCCAGCCGAGUUCUCCUACAAUUCAAGCCCAGAUUAGUUACAUAUUUGCAGAAAUACAUGCUAUUGGAAUGCUCAUACACCACCAGCGCAGUGUACUGUAUGGUUUUGACGAAGAAUAUAUGGCUGGGCAAUGCGCCGCAAUCUGCGAUCUUGUAGCGGCGGCAAUGGCCCCUCGCAAAUCAGAUAGCCCGGAGGUGUCACUAUUACCUUUCCAACUAACCCUCGGAAUGGCGGCGGCGUUCAAUACUGUAGAGAAUUUAAGAUUGUUCCUCCGAGCACGGUUCCAUGAUAUAGAGCUGCUAGGGUUUUUAUACCCAAUCCCGUUUCGGACAUUUCUAUCGAAACUUUGGGAAGAUGAAACGGUUCGGAUGGAGUGGGUACCUGGAACGAGCAACAAUCAAGAUAAAUUACGGCCGUUGACGAAUAUUCUGUGUGCGAUUAAGGCACUGGCGGAGGAUAGAGACGAGGAAAUGGGUUCAACAAAUAACGCGCAGAGCGCACAGUUGAUGCGAAAUCUCUUUUCUUUUGCUGAUCUUCAGAUCUGA